CACUUUUAAACCUGGACGCCCAACUCCCUCACUUCAGCUUCAGUGUCACCACCCUGCUCUGCCACUCACCCCCCCAUAAACUCCAAAACUCUCCCUCUGUAACUGUUAACUCCAUCAAAACCCUAACUUUCUCUCUCUACACAAUGCCUUUGACCUCCUUUAAACUCUUCACCUCCACCUCCCUCUUCACUUUCCCUUCUAAACCGCCGCCGCCUAUUGUCUCCUUCCUCCUCUUUCUUAUCCUCUGCAUUCUGGGUUUUUAUUCCCUGCAUCACCCCCAGCGUUCUUACUCUACACCCCUCUCUGAAAAUUCCAUUAAGUUUCUCUCUUUGGCCUCAAACUUCACCCUCUCAGACUAUCUCCGUUCCCUCACUUCACACUCUCACCUCGCCGGCACUAAGCCCUCUUUGGAUACAAUACAAUAUGUCUUUUCACACUUUGAACAGCUUGGUCUUGAAGCUCACACGGUCAAGUAUAAUGCCCUUUUGUCUUAUCCUCAACAUGUUUCUCUCCUGGCGCAUUUUAGCGACGGGGGUGUUGUUAACUUCUCGUUAACUGAAAAGGGUGUGGCUCAGAAUGCGUUAUUUGACAUUGUGCAGCCGUAUCAUGCGUAUUCGCCAUCUGGGUCGGCGUACGGUAAGGUGGUGUUUGUGAAUUACGGGAGGGAGGAGGACUAUCGUGCGCUGGAGGUGAUGGGGGUGAAUGUUAGUGGGUGUCUGGUGAUGGCAAGGAAAGGGGAGAGCUUGUCAAGAGGUGGUGUAAUAACAAUAGCUGAGGGUAAAGGUGCGUUGGGAGUGCUAUUGUACGCCGAGAGGGAUGGUGUUGAUGGGGUGGAGAGAGGGACAGUGAUGAGAGGAGUGGGGGACCCACUAAGUCCAGGGUGGGCUGGGGUUGAAGGUGGGGAGAGCUUAGACUUGAAAGACAAUGAGGUUUUGAAGAGGUUUCCUAAAAUUCCAUCUUUGCCCUUGUCUUUUGAGAAUGCUCAAACCAUUUUGGAGUCUCUUGCUGGUGGGUUUAUGCCUCAGUCUUGGGGUGAUUUGGGUCGGGUUAAUGGUGGGAGGGUCGGCCCAGGACCUACUUUGGUGAAUUUGACUUACCAGGGGGAAGAAAAGGUGGCAACAAUUCAGAAUAUUUUUGCUGUUAUAAGAGGGCUAGAAGAGCCUGAUCGCUACGUGCUCCUUGGCAACCAUAGAGAUGCAUGGACAUAUGGGGCUGUUGACCCAAACAGCGGUACAGCAGCCCUACUUGACAUUGCCCGACGAUAUGCUAUGUUGAUGCGCAAAGGGUGGAGCCCUCGAAGAACAAUUAUUCUCUGCAGCUGGGAUGCCGAAGAAUUUGGGAUGGUUGGAUCCACCGAGUGGGUUGAACAGAACCUUGUCAAUUUGGGUGCCAAAGUGGUGGCCUAUCUUAAUGUAGAUUGUGCGGUUCAAGGGCCCGGAUUCUUUGCUGGAGCAACUCCUCAGCUAGAUAAUCUUCUAAUUGAGGUGACAAAGAACGUCAAAGAUCCUGAUUCAGAUGGUGUGACUGUAUAUGAUCAGUGGGCAGCUACAAACAGUGUUGUCAAUAUCCAAAGACUCAGUGGAGUGGAUUCAGAUUUUGCUCCUUUUUUGCAGCAUGCUGGGAUUCCUUCUGUUGACGUAUAUUAUGGAAGAGAUUUUCCUGUCUAUCAUACUGCUUAUGACUCGUACACCUGGAUGGUAAACCACGCAGAUCCAUUAUUUCUGCGGCAUGUGGCUGUUGCCGGAGUUUGGGGACUUCUAGCCCUUCGCCUGGCUGAUGACUCGAUUUUACAUUUCAAUUACCUCUCUUAUGCCGAUCAAUUACAGGCGCAUAAAGAUAUCUUGAGCAACUUGUUGGAUGGGAGCGUAUCUUUAGAUCCUUUAACCAUGGCAAUACAAGAACUUACCACUGCAGCUAAAGAAGCUGAACUAGAAGCGAAGAGACUGAUGGAGCAAGAAACCAUAGGUCAUGUUCCUGUUCUGAAGAUUCGAGCUUUGAAUGAUCGGCUGAUGCUCGCUGAAAGAGGCUUCCUGGAUGCAGAUGGCCUUCAAGGAAGGAAAUGGUUCAAACAUCUUAUUUACGGACCUCCUAGUGACUACGAAAGCAAACUGGGUUUCUUUCCUGGAAUAGCGAACGCGAUAUCUCAAUCAACAAAAACGAGCAAGAGAGAUGGGCAGGCAUUGAUUCAGCAUGAGGUGUGGAGGGUUGCCAGAGCCAUUCAAAGGGCUGCCAGUGCUCUUAGAGGAGAGCUCACAUGAAGUUAGAACAGAAAAAUUUGCUUUGAGGGACUUUUGUUGUACAUAAAGAGCUUGUCACUUUUCUCCUCUUACCUGUUUUAUGUAAUGCAUAAAAGUUGUAAAUUAUAAUCAAAUCCAUAAAAUAUACCAAGAGUUACUUGGAU